AUGAACAACAUUUCUGAAGAAGUCAAACCUUUUUCAAUGAGAAGAAGAGUAGUCAAGCUUGGUGCUGGUACGACUACAACUACAACCUCGACUACUACUCAACCUGCUGCUGCUGCCGCUCAGCCAUCGGUAUCUACUACCACAUCUACUACUUCUACUUCAACUUCGAAUGUUCCUCAAGUUAGUAGUAUCUUUGAUAAAAUGACUUUGUCUACUCCUCCUCCUCCUGUUGCUACCUCUGCUUCUGCUCCUACUACUACUACUGCUACUUCUGCUCCAGCUCCUAUUCAAUUACCAAACCCAUUCUUGAAUACUUCUUCUUCUCCUGCAGCCAAGCCAGCAGCUUCAGUAGCACCAGCUACUCAACCAGCCAAGCCUGCCGCUUCUGCAAAGCCUGCCGCUACUGCUGCACCAACUACUACUACUACUCAACCUGCUGCCAAACCAGCAGCAGCAGCAGCAACUCAAACUGCCGCUAAACCAGCAGCAGCUCCAUCCAAACCAGCAGCUACAACUACUUCUACAACUAGCAAUAAUAAUAAUAACAAUCAACCAACAACUCAACCAGCCAAACCAGCUGCAGCUACAGCAAAGAAAGGUACCAAGUUAUCAAAGGCUGCUUUGAAAAAGGCUCAAGAACAAAGCAAGAAUGAUGCUGCUAAAAAUACUACUACUACUACUACUACUACUUCUACUCCAGCCGCUGCUGCUGCUUCUACAAACAAAACCAAUGUUGUUCAAGAACAUCAAUGUGGUAUUUGUUUAGAACAUGUUACCCAAGACAACAAGGGUAAACCAAAUGGAUGUCAACACAUCUUUUGUUUUGAAUGUAUUCUUAAAUGGUCAGAGACUGCAACAGUAUGUCCAAACUGUCAAAAACCAUUCAAUUCUAUUGAAAAGGCUGAUGGAGGCCAAAAAAAGAUAAAGACAGUAGACAAGCGUGUUGAAAACUGUGUACGUGAUGACUCGGACGACGAAGACUAUGACGAGGACUCAGACUCUGAUGAAAAUGAACAAGUCUUUAAGGCAAUGAUGUUCAACCAAUUGAUGCAAUUAAUGUCUCAUUAUAAAUACGUCCCAGGAUCAUCCGACGAAGAAGACGACGACGACGAAGAUGAUGAUUCAGACGAAGACUAUGAUGAAUCAGACGACAUGUACUAUGAUUCAGACGACUAUGACGAUGAUGACGAUGAUGAUUGUGGUGAAGACGAACAUUAUUAUUCUUGUGGACAUAGAAAGAAGGCUCAUCUUUAUGAAAUUGAAGAUUAA